UAUAUCUUACCUUUAGUACAUAUUGCUGUUACACAUGUGAAUUAUUUUUUUAUAUUUCCGUAUUCGUGUGCUCGUAUGAAAUGUAUUGUUUUAUCAGGGUAUUAUAUUUAUCUGCUAUUACUUUAUUUUGUUGUAACAUAAUUCAAUUAUCGAGUUAUGAAAUGUUGUUUAAAGUUUUUCGAAUUUAAACUCAGUUAUUUUUAAACAUAGUUUUAGUGUUCGAACAUUUAUUCACAUAUAAAGCAGGGUGGGGAAAGACUGGACUCCUGUAUCACCUAAUAACUAAAUAGCAUGUUUUAAACAAUUAACAAUGGGCUAUGGAAGUUGUGAGGAUGUGGUUUAACAAUUUUGUUAAUGUUCUUUGUUUACUACCAAAUUGGACGUGAAAAAUACUGAAAAUAGAAUGAAAGGUCCAUAUUCCCCCUCCCUACUAUAUUAUUGACAAACCUUUCUUAGUUAAAAGCAAAUUCAUCUAUGUAACAAUUAUGAUAACUUUGUUAAAUCAUUCUAAACAUAGGUACUCAUACUUGUUUGAUGUGUUUACUAUUUAAAUAAUUGGCAAAUUUUAAUGAGAGGAGUAAUUUGUUCGACUAUGCUAUAUGCUAUGCCUAUUUAUCUUUUAAAUUUGUAUCGUGUAAACAUAAAAAUAUUUUGUUGUUUACACAACAAUUAUGCUGCAGGGUAACAAUAUUGCACUGUACAUUGCACCUUACUAUAAAAUUUAUAUUAUAUUGUAAUUUGUUAUAUUUUACGCAAAGUUUUAAUCUUCUUACCCCUUCCUAUCUAUUCGUAGAGUUGAGUUUAGGAACAGAUUGUUAACUCAACCACACGAUGGCAGUAGAAUUGGAUCCACAAAAACUCUUCGAAGUUUUUAAAAAACAUGCAUCAGUGGAAAAAGAUGGCGAACACUUAAUGACAAGCAGUGACUUUAUUCGAAAUUAUUUAAGAAUGCUUCCAAAUGAAAACCAUAACAAAGAAACUGUGAAGUUGCUUUCAUCUGUCGCUGAUUAUACUGGGGAUGGCUUCAUAUCAUGGCCAGAAUUCCAGGCAUUUGAAGCAGUUCUUAAUCUACCAGACUCCCUGUAUCAUGUUGCGUUUCAAAUGUUUGACAUGAAUUGUAAUGGAAAGAUAACGUUUGAUGAGGUUAAAUCGAUCUUCAGUAAAACGAGUUGUCACCAACAGAUCCCAUUUAACUGGGAUUGUGACUUUGUGCGGCUUCACUUCGGAUCUAAGAAGGAAAAAACUUUAAAUUAUUUUGAGUUUACUCAAUUUCUGCAGGAUUUACAAGUAGAGCAUGCAGUUCAAGCUUUUAAAAGAUUUGAUACAAAUGGAAAAGGGAUCAUCACUUCUCUUGCGUUCCGAGAUAUCAUGGAAACGAUAAGACCUCAUUUGCUUACAGACUUCGUUAAAGAAAAACUUGUUGCUGUUGUAGCGGGGUGUGGACAACAAUCUGUGAGCUUCACGUACUUCCAAGCCAUUAAUUCACUUCUUAAAAACAUGGAACUGGUGAAAAAAAUCUACGAGACCGUGGUAGGCAAGGGGCAAGACAAACCUGUUACUAAAGGUGAAUUUCUCCUGGGAGCUCAGCGUGUAUCACGACUUACACCACUAGAGGUCGAUGUUCUGUUCCAGUUGAGUGAGUUGUGCGGGGGCAAAGGUCGAAUUACGAUGCGAACACUUGACAUGAUAACUCCGUUAGAGGAAGGUUCCAUGCCAUACAACAUCGCAACUCAACAAGAGACGAUCCCUGAGAAUCGGCCUGUGUAUAUGGCGGUGUUGGAAAAUGCUUAUCGAUUCUCACUUGGUGUAAUUGCUGGAGGUGUGGGAGCCACUGCAGUUUACCCGAUCGAUCUCGUUAAAACUCGACUUCAAAACCAAAGGUCAACGGGGUCAUAUGUGGGGGAGCUUAUGUACAGGAAUAGUUUUGAUUGCUUUUUUAAGGUACUUCGGCAUGAAGGUUUCCAGGGUUUAUACAGAGGUUUAAUUCCACAACUUGUUGGUGUAGGACCAGAGAAGGCCAUCAAACUAACGAUGAAUGACUUAGUGAGAGAUGUUGUGAGGCAAGAUGGGAAAGUUCCUUUAUGGGGUCAGAUAUUAGCUGGUGGCUGUGCAGGAGGGUCACAAGUCAUGUUCACAAACCCGCUGGAAAUUGUAAAGAUUCGACUUCAAGUUUCCGGAGAAAUUGCUGGAGCUCCAAAAGUCUCGGCACUUAAAGUGGUUAAAGAACUUGGGAUAACUGGCUUAUACAAGGGAGCUCGUGCAUGCUUACUACGUGACAUACCAUUCAGUGCCAUCUAUUUCCCAGCCUACUCCAACAUUAAAGAAGCUUUAGCAAGUCCAGAUGGACAUGUGGCUCCGUGGAAAUUACUUCUAGCUGGUACACUGGCAGGUGCACCUGCUGCUUCCCUCACUACACCAGCAGAUGUGGUGAAAACAAGAUUACAAGUAAAAGCAAGAGAUGGACAAACACAGUACAAAGGAAUGAUAGACUGCUUUAAAAAGGUGUAUGCAGAAGAAGGAUUUGCUGCAUUUUGGAAAGGAGCUCCAGCUCGUGUCUUUCGAUCUUCUCCACAGUUUGGCAUCACCCUCCUCACCUACGAGUUACUACAAAGAUUCUUCAAUAAAGAUUUUGGUGGCAGAAAGCCAAUCGGUUCUACCCACAAACCUAAAUACGUCCAUGUUUCGGACUUACCCCCAAUCACCCCCGACCAUAUGGGAGGGUACCGUCUCGCAGCAGCAACCUUUGCUGGCGUAGAAAGAAAAUUUGGACUUGCCCUGCCGAGAUUUGAACCCAUGACCCCUGCAAUUACAAACAAGACCCCGGCCUAAGACGCAUGCACUGUCGAUUUUUUCAUGUUUUUUUACUAGUAUUUUGCAAAGGUGAGGUGUUUGAUUAAUUUCUUGUGAUUAUUUUCAGUUAAAGUUCCUCUGUAGUUUAUGGGCAAUAUUGCUGCCCUUAUACCAUUAAAAAAGUGGAUUUUCGUGCUAGGCUAGUUAGGAAAUAACAAGAGCUGUCAAAUACAUUUAACAAAUUGCACUUUAAAUAUUGGUGCGAACUCUUUGACCUGCCUCUGUUACCACAGACUUAAAGUAAAUCAUGAUACAUUUCUGCAUGUUAUUUAUUCAUUGCGCAAUUCAGCUAAUUUAUCUAAAUGUGAAGGUGUUCUAUACAUACUUCACUAUGCCAGCAUGCACGUUCUGUUCCUUUGCCUUAUAUUUGCAGAAAGUUUACAUACAAGUUUUUGCCUACAGUUAUUGUCACCUAAAUCCCUAUGUAAUUAAAGUCUUCUUGAAUUGAAAA